CUCCACCUUUUCCAGGUACAACCAGAUUCUGCAUGGACGUGGCGCAUAUAUAACAGGGAUUGCUAGCUCUUUCUCAGUUAUUGAGGGACCUGUAAGGUGUAAGCCAUAAAAUAAUCACUCAAUUAAAAAAGGACUCUGAACCUACCCAGACUAAUAAGUGGGAGUAUUGGAUAAAAGACACCGCGGCUCCAGGUCAGAAUGUUUUCUUAUGUUCGGAAGAAAUUAAACUUGCGCCUGGCACAGUGCCAACGACACAGGGGCCGCCUUGUAUCAAAGGAUGGCAGGUGUAAUAUUGAAUUUGGUAAUGUGGAAGAGAAAUCAAGGGUGGCAUUCUUAGCAGAUAUUUGGACAACCAUCUUGGACCUUAAAUGGAGGUACAAAAUGACAGUUUUUAUUUCUGCAUUUUUAGGAAGCUGGUUCCUUUUUGGCCUGUUGUGGUAUGCUGUGGCCUAUUUGCACAAAGACCUUCCAGAAUUUAAUCCUUUUGCAAAUCACACUCCCUGUGUGGAAAACAUAAAUGGCUUGACCUCCUCUUUUCUAUUCUCUUUGGAAACGCAGGUGACCAUUGGAUAUGGAUUUCGUUGUGUGACUGAGCAAUGUGCCACUGCAAUAUUUUUACUGGUUGUUCAGUCUAUUCUGGGGGUAAUAAUUAACUCAUUUAUGUGUGGCGCUAUUCUUGCUAAGAUUUCAAGACCCAAAAAAAGAGGUAAAACCAUCACUUUCAGCAAAAAUGCAGUAAUAAGCAAGAGAGGAGGAAAACUCUGUCUACUUAUCAGAGUGGCGAAUCUCAGAAAGAGUCUGCUAAUUGGGAGUCAUAUUUACGGAAAGCUUUUGAGAACUACUGUAACUCCAGAAGGAGAGACAAUCAUCCUAGACCAAGUCAACAUUGAAUUUACAGUCGACGCAGGAAGCGAGAAUCUGUUUUUUGUUUCCCCACUGACAAUUUAUCACAUUAUUGAUAAAGACAGCCCUUUCUUUGAGUUGUCUGUUGAGACGUUACUUCAGCAUGACUUUGAACUAGUGGUCUUCCUUGAUGGCACUGUUGAGUCAACAAGUGCUACCUGCCAAGUGCGUACAUCCUACAUUCCAGAGGAAGUGCUCUGGGGAUACCGUUUUGCACCUCUUGUGUCCAAGACCAAGGAAGGAAAAUAUCGUGUGGAUUUCUCCAACUUCAGCAAGACAAUGGAGGUAGAAACACCCCAUUGUGCUUUUUGUCUUCAAAAUGAGAAAGAUGCCAGGAAAAAAGGCAAAAAAGGAUAUGAUAAUCCAACUUUUGUUCUGUCGGAACCAACAGAAACUGACACUAAAAUGUAGUUUUGCAAGUACUUUAGUUGACCUAUAUUUGUAAUCUGUAAAUCCAUAAGGACUGUGACUGUAAUUUAUUGAUUCUCUGUGAGAAAAUACAUGCUAUAGGAUACCUACUUAGAAAUGCCAUUCUAAAAGGGGUGUGCACAGACACGCUAUUAUAUUUUUAUUCUAACAAAUGUUUGUCAUAGGUAUAAGAAAUUUGAGUAUACAUACCUAUAGGCCAGGUCCAGACUGAGAAUUAAAAUAGGCCCUGGCAUUUCAGGUACAAAGAGGCCCAAUCAGCCCACAUAGAG